CCUGUGUGAACAAAAGCCACAUGUUUUCAAGGCAACCCAUUUAAGAAAUGUAACAACAGAGUCUCCUACAUCAUUUCUCCAUGUUCAGCAAACAUGAAGAACCAAAAGAUGUCAAAGGCUGCAAGCAUAGCGCACAGGAAGCGUUUGCAAGGUGUGCCUUUUGCAACAAAACUAUCGCCAGGGUCCCACCGGGUUGCAGAAACGUCAGAUCCUCACAAAUGCAAGACGGCUAGGCUCAGUGGUCACACGCUUAAGCCUGAGCUAGCUGGCCUAAUCGAAAAGACAUUGCAGGAAGCUGAUGUUUCGGGCACAGAGAAAGGCGCACAGAGGACAGAAGAAGACCUCAGCUGUCUUAAAGAGAUCAAGAAGAAAGUGUAUGACAAUAAAAGGGAUAAAGAAAUUGGUCGCGAGCAAGAUGAAUCUGUUAAAGUGGAAAUCAGUGAAAAACCGGUCAGGAAACAUAAAAAUCCUAAGUACAAAAUGUGCUCCUUCAAGGACUACAAGUCCCAGAGUUCUUCAGUUCCAGGCAGUUUUCCUGUGCACAGACAAGGAGGAGCCAAUAGGUUGUGGCAGCAGAAGGGUGGGACCAACCCCGCAAUAAAGAGGGACGCUGAGAUUUCAGGACCAAAAGCAAAGGCAGACGCUGAAAUGGAAGACGUUCUUCUGGAGAUGAAGAAAGACUUGUCAUUUGUGGAGAUUGAUUUGAGAGAUAGAGUCGAAGAGAAAACUGAAGAAAUCUUGACAGAGGAGAAGCAGCAUGAAAAGGAAGAAGAAUCUCCUGAAACGCUGCCCGAAAGCAGCUGGCUGUGCUGUUUUCCCAUCUGGAUGAGGCAGAAGAAGCGGAAGGAAAAACAAGAGUAGCCACAAAAUGGACUCCAGCUUUUUAGAAUACAAGGCCCAAUAUGAAAUGGAAGGAAGACCAGUGCGGAAUGGUCAUCUGAAGAAUAGGCAACGAAUAAACUCAAAUUCAGAACUAGA